UAUCAACAUUAAAUAGGUGCUGACAACUCGUCACUACGGAGUACUCCCCACCGCAUAUCCGGCACCCACGGCCUGAUCCUUCUCCGGCGCCAACUUUCGGAGGGCUGUUCUAAGUAACUUGGCAUCGCUUUCCAAGUGCUGAGUACCGAGAGAACUGGAUCCAGCUCCAUCCACUUUGAAGUGAUUGCCCAGCCCGCCUUUUCACUCGUGACAAACGGGGUUUUUUUGGUGUCUACAGCAAGCUACUCCCGUAAUCAGCAUCAGCAACUACUAUUCAGACCUUCCGCGUUUGGCGUUUGAUUUGACUGCCCAUCAGACUGGCUUGGUUUGAUUCUGUUUGACAGUUCACGACCAUCCUCUACUAGUUGUCUGUCCUCUAGCGACGAGAGGUCGAAUUGGCUUCCAUGCUGCACCCGUACCCGGCACACGAGCUGUCAUGAGGCUCUCGGCGCCUUGUCACGCGAUCGGAUGGUGGUGGUUGUUUUUGUCUUUCUUGUUCGCUGGGAGGACGGGGGCCGAUGAUAACAGCUCACAACCCAUCUCAAUCUUCCGUUCGAGGCCGGACCUAGUAUCGCCUAUUCUUACAGUCUUCACGAGGAUUCCUGAGAAGCAGUCUCCAGGGUAUUACUUCGUAUCGCCGUAUCAGCAAAUCCAGGAAUCCGUGCACAUUUACGAUAAUGACGCAAACCUGGUGUACAGUGGAUUUGGAAGCGCCGGACCUGGCAUCUCUCACGCACCUCAAACAUGCAUGUACAAAGGGGAGGUCCACCUGUGCUUCUACCAAGGCACCCAGAUGCUCGGCUGGGGCCACGGCCAUGGCAUCAUCAUGGACAAACAUUACCGGAUCGUACAAUCCGUCGAACCUGGAAGCUAUCAGGCAUCCUCGGACAUGCACGAAUUCAAGUUGAUCGAAGACGGCAAGUCGGCGCUGUUGACCCAGUAUCUCCGCAGUGUCUAUGAUCUAUGUCCCUGGAAUCUUUGCGACGGUCUCGGCUACAUCCAAGAAGGAGCGUUCCAGGAAGUCGACGUCGACUCGGGCAAAGUCGUGUUCGAAUGGAGGAGUCUGGACCACGUUGAUCCUUCCGAGAGCUAUGUCGACCCAUCCACCACCGAAAUCAGCGGCACUGGCGAAGCACCCGGGAGUCCUUGGGAUUACUUCCACAUCAACUCGAUCGACAAGAACGAGGAUGGCGACUACUUGAUUUCGGCGCGUCACGUCUCGGCGGUCUACAAAAUUUCCGGCGUCGACGGUCAUGUCAUCUGGCGGCUGAAUGGCGCCAAGUCAGACUACCAUCUCGAUGGCUUUUCGUUCUCGUCCCAGCACGACGCGCGAUUCAUCUCCGAAAACAAGACACACACCGUCCUCUCGCUGUUUGACAACGGAUCGAACGGCUUCAACCAGACUCAGCCACAUUCGACCGGUCAGAUCAUCAGUCUCGAUCACCAAACCAAGGUCGCCACCUUUCUGUUGAACCUGGACCCUCCGUUCAUCGAUGGCCACGCCCACAUCUCCAAGUCGCAGGGCAAUUUUCAGCAGUUGCCGGAUGGCAACAUCAUUAUGGGAUGGGGCAACGAUGCCUUUUGGACCGAAUACACGUCCGACGGGGAGAUUGUCUUCUACGGCGCCCUCGGCUGGAGGAACGUGAUGAAUUACCGGGUGCACAAGUUCGACAACUGGGUCGGACUGCCGUUGACCAAGCCGGCACUGUGGACCUACUCCAAGGCCGGAGACGAGAUGAUGAUGUACGUUUCGUGGAACGGCGCGACCGAGGUCAAGUCGUGGCGCCUGUACGGCGCGGAUUCCAGAGACGGGCCGUGGAAAGAGAUUGUUGAGAAUGGGCCAAAGACCGGGUUUGAAACCAUCCUCCGACACGAGUCGACGUACACGUUCGUCUACGCGGAGGCCCUGGACAAGAACGGCCUGGUUCUGGGUGCGUCGGCCGCCGAAAGGGUCUUCACUCCGCCCGUGCAGAUGCUCGAAUAUUGUGACGACCUCGCGUGUCGUUUCAUGCCCAGCGACGAAGAGCGUGAGCAGGAGCGCCAACGAGAGGCCGAGGAGCAGAGGCAACGCGAGGAGGAAGAACGUCUCGCGACACAACGGGCCACCGAAAACCGGGAGCGAGCGAAGAAGCGAGCUGAAAUGUACGGUGGCGCUUUUGGCGGUCUGGCCGCACUGAUCAUCCUGAUCAUGGUCCUCGCCACGAGGAAUUUUGUCUCUCGCCCGGUUCAUGCCCUGGUCCACCGAGCCUACGGCACCAUUCGGACCAAGAUGGGCAAGGCCGAUGCGAGAGCCGUGGGCGUGGGUGUUGGCUACAAGGCACUUCCUCUGGAAGAACAAGACGGUGUCAGAGUUCCCAUCAUCUCGGACCCUUCAUGACAUCUGGAAUGGAAUGUUGUUGAUAACGGGCAUGUACAAAGUAUACACAGUAUACAAUGUAUAUGGAAACGGCCCUCUCCAAGGGGCAAAUCAAGCUGGACUCGACUCAUCUCGGCGAUUUGUUUUUCACGGAGUAUGAAUGCGGACGGGGUGAGAGGUUAACGUACCCAUAUGCAGAUGGACACGGAGUGUGGCCCAGACUUAUUUUAUUAUUACUGGAUAUAUAAUGAACGACGUGACGACACUUA